ACAUAUGCGCGCACACACACGUUGCAUUAAAAGAUAAACAAGUUUGUUGCUUUUGGUAAAAUUUAAUUAUGCGCAUCGAACACAAUAACAGUAGGUGUGUCUUUGCCUUAUUUGGACAAGGAACAGUUAACUUUCGAAAAGUGUCACAGUUACUAAGUUCAUCAUCACACCAUGGUACAUACUGUGACUGUCUCCUUUGGAGUUCGUAACGUGUUAUCUCGUUCUUAUAACAUUACUUCGAAUCCUUCGAAGUGGUACAACAUUAACUGGAAGUGUUAUUUUGCGUUUUAUGUGCCAUUGUGGACGCCUAGCUGGUCGAUCGAAAUCAGUGAUAGUAGUAAAAAUAUUUGUUUGAAUACGGUAAAUAGUUCAAGAAAAUUGACCUCGAGUAACCUUUAUCAAUAUCAAAUUAUCAAUUUCGAUCACGACUUGGCUAUUAACUCUUCUUAUAUUAACAGAUCACGAAUUUCAACUGCUAAAUUAAGCAAGCUUUUCCACCCUUUCACUGUACAGAAAAAAAUGCUUUCGGACAGAAAAGAUGAUGAUCAAAAAGAUAUUCAAAAUAUGCGAAAACCUUACAGGUCUUCUAAAGACAUUUUUGACUUGUCCCAACUUGUCUCCAGAAAUCCUAUGAAGCAAUUUCAAGCUUGGUUCCAAGAAGCUAGUAACCAUCCUCAAAUUAUUGAAACCAAUGCGAUAGCUUUAGCUACUGCAACACUAUCAGGCAGACCAUCCGUGCGUAUGUUAUUACUAAAGGGUAUUACUUCAGAAGGUUUCUAUUUCUACACCAACUUUGAGAGUCGAAAAGCUAAGGAAAUAGAAGAGAAUCCUUUCUGCAGUUUUUCUGUGCAUUGGGAACCUUUAAAUCGUUCUAUCAGAGUUGACGGCAAAGUUAAUAAAAUAUCUGAAGAAGAAUCAGAAAAAUAUUUUCAUCAAAGACCCCGAGACAGCCAGCUUGGUGCUCUGGUUAGUCUACAGAGUACAGUGAUACCAAGUCGAGAACACUUGAUGAACAAGUAUGUUGAAAUCCAAAAGAAAUAUGAAAAUGUAGAAUUGAUUCCAAAACCAAAAUACUGGGGCGGCUACUUUGUGAAACCAGAUGUAAUUGAGUUCUGGCAGGGGCAGACUAACAGACUACACGAUAGAUUACGAUUUCGGCAAAAGUUGCCUAAUGAAGUACUAGACCCAGAACUUAGCCAUGAAGGUGAAGACGACUGGAUUAUUGAAAGACUUUCACCAUGAAAGAAUGAAGAAAAGUUACAUUAUUAUUUUCAUUAAAAGAAAAAAAUAAAUUAGUCUAAAAGAAAAAUUUAGUGUGCUUGUGAAUAAAUUUAUGAAAUAUCAAA